AUGGAGCCAACAGUCCAUCCGAUCUUUGAAGCCAAGACCUGUUCAUGGCAGUAUGUAGUGGCCUGUCCCAACACCAAAGAGGCCGCUAUCAUCGACCCGGUUCUGAACUUCGAGCCCUCACUGUUUCGCAUCACCACGGAAUCCGCCGACAGUAUGAUCGAAUGCAUUCUGAAGCAUGAAUACACUGUCAAAAUGAUCCUGGAAACACAUGCCCACGGAGAUCAUCUCUCCGCUGCAUACUACAUCCAACAAGCUCUCUGGACGCGAGGCCAGCCGCAUGCCCAAAUCUGCAUAGGCGAAAACAUCACAAUCGUGCAAAGCUACUUUGCACACAAGUAUAGGAUCCCGCGAGAAGAAAUCGAAGACGCCUUCAACCACCUCUUCCAACCCGAUGAAGUCUUCCACAUCGGCGACAUCGCCUGCACCGCCCUCCACCUACCUGGACACACACCAGAUCACGGAGGUUAUCAAAUGGGGAACAAUGUCUUCACAGGAGACAGUAUGUUCAAUCCAGAUGUUGGAAGUGGAAGAUGUGACUUUCCUGGUGGCGAUGCACGGGAACUAUACCGGUCGAUGAAACGCCUCCUUGCCUUCCCGCCGGAAACGAGACUCUACACCGGUCAUGAUUAUCCGCCUUGCAAUGAGUCUAGGGCGCGUCAUCCGCUGCCGUAUGUUACUGUUGGGGAGCAACAGGCGAAGAAUAAACAUGUGAAGAAUGAUUCCACGGAAGAAGACUUUGUGCAUUGGAGGAAUGAGCGGGACAAGGCGAUGCCGGAGCCUAAGCUUGUUCACCAGGCUAUGCAGGUUAAUGUGCGUGGUGGAAAGAUGCCUAGCAAGUCUCAUGAUGGAAAGGCCUAUAUGCUGUAUUUGAUUGAGGUUCCGAGUGUUUUGUUGGCGGGCUAG